GCCCUUGGGUACGUGGCGAAGCUUGCUUAGAUGGGAGGGGGUUCGAGGGCGACAUCAACCAUUAUCAUCCGCCAGACAGUUAUUAGAUUCCUACAGGGGAAUCCGCUUAUGUCUACUGGCAUCCAUGAGAUAUCCAACAGAACCCUCACAAUAACCGGUGUUAAGAUGGGUACCUGGUCGUGAAUUAACACAAUUAUCGUUUCUCCUACCACACAAGACUAGAAUAUCACGUGCUUAGACUGUGUCCCGUUCGCCUGAAAAAAUUUGCAGCCCGACCUAACUUUACCAUCUUCAUUCAUCAAUACGCAUAGUAAGACAUGCUCCCAACGCCGGAUACGUCGCAUGUGGCGUACGAGAGGAUAUACGAACCGGCGGAAGACUCUUUCCUAUUGCUAGACACACUUUCAUCAAGCUCCGAGACAACAUUUCUUCAAAAUCGAUUCGGCGAUGGUUACGUCCCGUUGGUGGUGGAAAUAGGACCGGGCUCAGGAGUAGUCAUCGCUUUCGUCAAUGCGCAAGCCCAGGUCCUUUUCGGUUCUCGCAAUGUUUUAACGACGGCUAUUGACGUAAAUGGAUACGCAUGUAAGGCAACAAGUGAGACUGCGAGGAUAGCCGCAUCGGAAAAUGCUACAACGCACGGCAGAUAUCUUGGUGCUUUCCAAGGCGACCUCGUCACACCCUUGAAGGAUCGGUUAGUGGAUGUAUUAAUCUUCAACCCGCCGUACGUCCCGACGCCUGAAUUACCGAAGCAGCCAGGCCAAACAGAUAUAUCGCAACUGGAUACGAAACCAACAUUUGGCGAUGAUUCCUACAUGCUCUCAUUGUCAUACGCGGGCGGGAAGGAUGGGAUGGAAACGACGAACAAGUUGAUUAAUAGUCUACCUCAAGUGCUGUCAAGUAGGGGAUGUGCAUAUAUCCUGCUCUGUGCGCAAAACAAGCCCGAGGAAGUCAAACAGAGAAUUCGCGCCUUCGGGGAAGGUUGGAAUGUUGAAACUGUAGGAUCUAGUGGGAAAAAGGCCGGAUGGGAGAGACUGCAGAUCAUCAGGAUCUGGGUAGGAUAGGUAUAAACACGUAGGACUUUUGGUUUGGUUGUCAAUGGACUCUUUAUUUGUUCUUGUGAGCUUUUAGCUCUUCACAUAAAAACAAAAUCGUGUAGUGCAAAGGAGCCAUACCAGCUUUUUGGGCCAUUCUUCAUGGUAUUAUCUUGUUUUUGUCAUUUGCCAUCCCCUAACGCCGUUGUAGUAAUGCCCACUGUACUUGAAGUACACCAUUUGCCUGCCUAAACUGCAAAGCAGUCCAUCCUCCUCG